UCAGUUGUUGCUUAAAGGCCACAUCAUAAAAGUCGACGACGGCACCCGGUUAUAAAAACAAAAAUUACAUUACAAACUCGUAGUCGCUUUGGAACAACUGAGGACCAGCAGUUGGAGCAGGCAGUUAAUUACAGUUUCUGAUAAUCAAGAAAGUGAAUCCCCGGCGAAACGGCCAACCCGAAAGAUAUAGUGAACACUAUUUGUGGAGGUGACUCAUCAGUCCAACGCAAUUACAUAAAUUUAUGAAAUCGAGCACACCUCACCCACGGUCGAUUUGGAUACUUACAGCUUGUUGGUUGCUCCCCCUGCUCGGCCUAGUCCUUUCCUCGUUUCCACCGGUCCAGUCGGCUGACGUCACUAUGGCCGACGCCGCCCACCAGGAGUUCGCCCGCCGGUUGGCCCUCUUUUCUAUCAACGUGUACGGCAAGCUGUCGGCGCAUAAGCCCGGCGAGAACAUCGUCUUCUCACCCUUUUCCAUCCAGACCUGUGCGGCGAUGGCCAGGCUGGGCGCAGAAAAGGAGACGGCCACACAGCUGGACCACGGACUGGGUCUGGCCUCCAGUGAACCGAAGCAAAUUGCACAGAGUUUCCACCAGGUGCUGGCCGCCUAUCAGGACAGCCAGAUCCUGCGCAUCGCCAACAAGAUUUUCGUGAUGGAGGGCUACCAGCUGCGCCAGGAGUUCGACCAGUUAUUAUCCACGCAGUUUCUCUCGGCGGCUCAGAACGUGGACUUUGCCAAAAAUGUCCAAGCAGCGGCUACCAUCAACAAUUGGGUGGAGCAGCGCACAAACCACCUGAUCAAGGACCUUGUGUCGGCUGAAGUACUGAGCUCCAAUUCGCGACUGGUACUUGUGAACGCCAUUCACUUCAAGGGCACCUGGCAGCACCAGUUCUCUAAACACUUAACCCGCCCCGAAACCUUUCACCUGGAUGGCGAGCGAACCGUCCAGGUUCCGAUGAUGAGUUUAAAGGAACGGUUACGCUUUGCCGAUCUGCCGGCGCUAGAUGCCAAGGCCCUGGAACUGCCCUACAAGGACUCAGACCUCUCUAUGCUAAUCGUUCUGCCGAACACCAAGACGGGUCUGCCCGCACUGGAGGAAAAGCUGCGCCUCACGACCCUCUCGCAAAUCACGCAGGCGUUGCACGAAACAAGGGUGGUGCUCAAAUUGCCCAGGUUUAAGGCAGAGUUCCAAGUGGAGUUGACUGAGGUUUUCCAGGAGCUUGGCAUGUCAAGGAUGUUCACUGAUCAGGCUCAAUUUGGAAAAAUGCUACAAAGUCCGGAGCAAUUGAAAGUGUCAGCCAUCAUACACAAGGCCUUCAUAGAAGUAAACGAAGAGGGAACGGAGGCUGCGGCCGCCACGGGCAUUGCGGUGCGUAGGAAGCGCGCUAUUAUCUCACUUGAGGAAUCAAUUGAGUUCUUUGCCGACCAUCCUUUUACCUAUGCCGUUGUGCAUCAGGAGGAUCUGCCAUUGUUUUGGGGCUCAGUUGUGCUGCUCGAGGAAAAUGUCUCCGCCUCCAGCGAGCAUGAUGAGCUGUGAUGGUACCUGAUUCUUUGGCAAAACAAUAAACGCAGCUAUUUAUUUACAAUGUCCUAAGUUUUGUCACGCAUUUACCUGAAGACUUAGGAUAAUUCGUAAUUAAUCAAAAACAAAAAUCCAUUGACCGGUAUGCCUGGGUAGAAUACAUUAAGAAAAAUAAAUAGCAUCUGCACCAUUAUUUGCUUGUCCACUAUCUAACUACAGUUUUUAAACCCUUG